ACCGAAAACCCAGGGUGUAGAAAAGCUUCUUCUCUUUGAAUGACAGAACCACAGCAUAAUGCGUGGCUUCAACCUGCUCCUCUUCUGGGGCUGUUGUGUUAUGCACAGCUGGGAAAGGGACACAGGACCCACACUGAAACCAAUGACAAAGGAUAAUAACUGUAGAGACAGUACCAUGUGCCCAUCUCAUGCCACCUGCACCAGCACUGAGGACAGUUACUAUUGUGCUUGCAAACAAGGAUUCCGGUCCAGCAAUGGACAAAAUCACUUCAAGGGUCCAGGAGUGGAAUGCAAAGAUGUUGAUGAAUGUUCUGAAAGCCAGCCCUGUGGUCCUAAUUCAGUCUGCAAAAACCUGUCGGGGAGGUACGAGUGCAGCUGUUUACAUGGUUUCUCUUCUCCCACUGGAAAUAACUGGAAACCAGGAAAGCCAGGCAAUUUCUCCUGUACUGAUGAGGAUGAAUGUGCCAAUCCAAGAACUUGCCCAGAGCAUGCAACUUGUAGUAACACUGUUGGAAACUACUCUUGUUUCUGCAACCCAGGAUUUGAAUCCAGCAGUGGCCACUUGAGUUUCCAGGGUCUCAAAGUAUUGUGUGAAGAUAUUGAUGAAUGCACUGAAAUGUGCCCCAUCAAUUCAACAUGCACCAACACUCCUGGGAGCUACUUUUGCACCUGCCACCCUGGCUUUGCACCAAGCAAUGGACAGUUGAAUUUCACAGACCAAAAAGUGGAAUGUAGAGAUAUUGAUGAGUGCCGCCAAGAUCCAUCAACAUGUGGUCCAAAUUCUAUCUGCACCAAUGCUCUGGGCUCCUACAGCUGUGGCUGCAUUGCAGGCUUUCAUCCCAAUCCAGAAGGCUCCCAGAAAGACGGCAACUUCAGCUGCCAAAGGGUUCCCUUCAAAUGUAAGGAAGAUGUGAUACCUGAUAAUGAGCAGGUCCAGCAAUGCCAAGAGAGAACCACAGUGAAACCUGAAUAUGUCUCCUUUUGUGCACAAAUAAAUAACAUCUUCAGUGUGCUGGACAAUGUGUGUGAAAAUAAAACGACUGUAGUUUCUCUGAAGAAUACAACUGAGAGCUUUGUCCCUGUGCUUAAACGAAUAUCCACGUGGACCAAAUUCACCAAGGAAGAGACGUCCUCCCUGGCCACAGUCUUCCUGGAGAGCGUGGAAAGCAUGACGCUGGCAGCUUUUUUGAAACCCUCAGCAAAUGUCACUCAGACUGUUCGGACGGAUUACGUAGACAUUGAGAGCAAAGUUAUCAACAAAGAAUGCAGUGAAGAGAAUGUGAACUUGAACUUGGCAGCCAAGGGGGAUAAGAUGAAGAUCAGGUGUUCCACAAUUGAGGAAUCUGAAUCCACAGGGACCACUGGUGUGGCUUUUGUCUCCUUUGUGGGCAUGGAGUCUGUUUUAAAUGAACGCUUCUUCCAAGACCACCAGGCUCCCCUGACCAUCUCCAAGAUCAAGCUGAAGAUGAAUUCUCGAGUCGUUGGGGGCAUCAUGACUGGGGAGAAGAAAGAUGGCUUCUCAGAUCCAGUCAUCUACACUCUGGAGAACAUUCAGGUUUGUGAAGAGGUCUCUACUGAGAUUCCUGUCUGCCUGUUGGGAACUCCUCGUCUCUCGAUUUCCUUAACUCUCCUUUUUGAUGGGAAGCUAUUGAGGUCGGUAAGCUUCCACAAUUUCUAGCAAUUCAAGUCAAUC